UUCGUGGCGUGCGGGCGUGUUGCUGGGCCGGAAAAUGCGCGCGUAAAACGGUGAUAGAUGUGUGAGAAAAUUGUGGCCCGCAAAGGGGAAAAUUGGCAGAGCAAACAAGCGAGUGUGCAGCGUGCCAUGUGCCUGUGCCAGUGAUUCCGAAUGUGAUUGUGAAUGUGAAUGAAGUGCCACGGAAUCGCAGCGGAAAUCGUUUGCUGGCCCAUCGACUGGCCAGCCAGUGCGGGUGCGCUGUGCUGUUGCGGUCGUGGAUGAUGCGGCUGGCGCUGGCGGUGCCAGGAGCACACUUCCCGGGCCAUAGUUGUCGGUUGAAUGACUCUCGAUGCGAUAGCAAUAACAGCAGCAAAAUCAACUGCUCCGGCAGCCAUAAAAUUCAUCACGGUGGUUCCAUGUGACGCAACAGCAAGAGGAGCGGGAGCCACAGCGAGUAUAAACAAUUGCCAACAGCACCACCGCUAAAUUUCGGACAUUGCGACAUGUUAGCAAAAAAAAACACAACCUACAACACAAAAAAGCAACAACUAGCGUCAGCAACAUUUAAUAAUAAACGAACAGCAGAGAAGGGGAGAAGGUCAUCGGAAUCAUCGGCACUUGCUGGGGGCAAAUAUGGUUCUCAGCACCGAGUGGUCGCAGGUCGAGGUUAUCGAUCUGAUCAACGAUGGCAACGGCCUGGGCUUCAUCCUCGUGGGCGGCCGGAGUACCGGGGUGGUGAUCAAGGCCCUCACCCCUGGGGGCGUGGCCGAGCGGGAUGGCCGCCUGCAGCUGGGCGACCAUCUGCUGCAGAUUGGCGAGGUCAAUCUGCGUGGCUUCAGCUCGGAGCAGGUGGCAACAGUUCUUCGUCAGACCGGAGCUCAGGUGCGUCUGAUAGUGGCGCGGCCGGUGGAGCCGACGGCCAUCGAUUACCAAACGCUGGCCUGUCAGGCGCCGAUUAUACCAACUAAGCUCCUCUCCGACCCGGAAGAACUGUCGCGUCAUCUCUUCCAGAAUCCCAGUUUUGCAACAGCGGCCGCCGCCGCCGCUGCUGCUGCUGCUGCGGCAGCUGCUGCGGCUGCAGCGACGGGCACCACCGGAGGCGAUGUCCUGGAUGUGGCCAGUCUGGUGGGUCUGGUGCGCGGUGGUCCGGCGGAGGGCUCGGAAUUGUCCGCCGUGGAACCGCUGCCUCCGGUGCCUCAGGUGGCCCCCUUGCAACUGAGUGAACUGGGCGACCUGGCCGACUUUCCACUGCCUCCGAUCCCCGGCGGUGGCAACUCGCUCCACACGGACUCCAGCGCUGCAGGCCAACGACCUUGUCCGCGCCUGGAUCUGGACAUAGUGCCCUUCUCGAUACUGUCGCCACCGCCACGACCCGCCCUGCAGAUGCUGCCCCUGGAGGCCCAAUGGCGAUCCGUGCAGGAUCAGAAUCACCAGCACAUAGAGACUGUGAUAGCCGACAGCAAGCGGAAGAAGCUGUUGGCCAACGAAGAUGGCGGUGGCUCCGGUUCGGGUUCCGCUUCCGGUUCCGGUUCGCCCGACUCCUACAUGGACUCGCCGGAAACGGAAACGUACGUGGUGGAGCUUCACAAGAACGUCUACGGCCUGGGCAUCACGGUGGCCGGCUACGUUUGCGAGGAGGAGGAUUUGUCGGGAAUCUUCGUAAAGAGCAUCAUCGAAGGCAGUGCCGCGGAGACCAGUGGUAAGAUACAAAUCAACGACCGCAUUGUGGCCGUGGACGGGAGGUCACUGUCGGGAGUGACCAACCACCAGGCGGUGGAGCUACUGCGGAACACCGACAUCGAGGUUCACCUCACGCUGGAGCGGUUCCUUCGAGGCAGGAAGUAUGAGCACUUGCAAGUGGCCCUCACGGAGAUCAAAGGCAGCUCAGCACCCUCUGGCUUAGAUAGAGGGGAGAAGGAUCAGGAUCAGGAGUCGCAGCUAUCCAUGCCGGGCUCCCCAUCGAUUGCCACGCUGAGUUGGCUGCCACCCAAGUCGCUGGAUGCCGAUUCCAUAGCCACCAUGGGCGACGAGGCCGUCGAGGCGGAGGAUGUGGUCGAGGAUGAUGGCAUCCUAGAGCUGCCCUCCCGGGACACCGUGGAGUCGAACAUGUCGCACGUGCUGGACCGCAGUGAUCACAGUGGCGGUGGAGGUGGCAUGACCAAGCCCAAGAUCAGUCCCACAGCCCCUUUAACGAAUGGCAGGAGCCUAAUCCUGGCCGAUGACAGUGGCAAUGACACCGAUGAGCAGGGUCCUCAGAAUGAGGAGCCGGAAACGGAAAUGGGAACGGCAAGAGCCCGCAAGUUGUCCAAGCCAGAGUCGGAGAGGUUGAAAGACGACCUGGAGGAUCUGGAAACCAAUCUAGAUCACGAUACCGAUCCUGGCCAGCUGCGCACGCCCACGAAUGAGGCACCUGUGAGGGCGGCCAGCCCGACAGCCGCCUCGCUGCGCGUGGCCUGGAAAAGUGAGUUUCCCGACAGUGAAAUUAUAGUUGCCGAAAUAAAUAAACUUUCAGGUCUAGGGAUCAGCCUCGAAGGCACCGUGGACGUGGAGUGCGGCAUUGAGAAGCGUCCGCAUCACUAUAUACGCUCCAUCCUGGCCGACGGGCCGGUGGGAAGGCAGGGCAUCCUGCGGCCGGGGGAUGAGCUCCUCCAGGUGAACGAGCACAAGCUCCAGGGAUUGCGACACAUCGAGGUGGUCAAGAUCCUCAAGGAACUGCCCGCCAGGGUUAAGUUGGUCUGUGCCCGUGGCACUCGCGUUCCGUCGGUCAUAAAUACCUCGCAAAACCCGGAGGCCUUUGAAACCCGCAGCCUUUUGCCCGGUGGCCACCAGAGCCUCCAGAAUCUGCUGAGCAAAGCGCAAUCGGAGAGCUCGCUCUACACGUCCAGCACGGCGACACUAACGGAUGCAGGAGCAGCUGGCGGAUCGGGAGGAGCAGGAGGAGCAGGUGGAAAUGGAGCUGGAGGAGCUCGCUCCAAGUCCCUCGAAAACGUUUCCGGCCUGGCGCUAUGGAGCUGCGAAGUGACCGCCGUGGAUAUCGAGAAAACGGAACAGGGCUUCGGCUUCUCCAUACUGGACUACCAGGAUCCCCUCGACUCGGAGGGCAGUGUGAUCGUGAUUCGCGGCCUGAUACGCGGUGGUGCUGCGGAGGCAACCAAUGAGAUAUACCCGGGGGAUCGGCUGAUGAGCGUCGGCGACCGGCUGCUCCAGGGCCUGGAGCUGGACGAGGCGGUGUCCAUCCUGAAGGCCAUGCCGCCGGGACUCACGCGGCUGGGCAUCUGCCGACCCCUCUGCGCCUCGGACAGCAACAGCAACAGCAACAUAGCCUCGCCGCUGGGCGACUCGGCCAGCACAUAGUGGCAGCCCCUUCCCGACGGCCAGCAGCAGUCGGAGAUGCCACUGGAAGCGGAAACGGAAGCGGAGCAGGAACAGGAAGUGCAGCAGUUCGAAUUGUAUUUUAUGACCCUAAUAUCGGCCUUGUGAGCGCAGCCCGACCAGCAGCUACAAAUUGGAAAUCCAACAGCGGCAGCGCAGCAUAAAUCAGCGAAACUGGACAUUAGAACAAUUUGUACAUAGUAUAUAACCAAAUCCGCACAUUGCCAGCAUCAGAAUCGAUUAACUAUGGACGCGCGAGCUAGGUAAAAUUGAUGGCCCCGGUCGGGACACUAAAAAUGCAUAAAUAAAUAAAUUGAAUGGCACGCAACGAUUCUAAAAAUAUCACAAAUUGUUGUAUCAAUAAAUUAUUAAUAACAAUUUCUGCGGACAAGCGCAACACAAAAAGUUGACAACAUCAAAUAAAGUUGAACAUCAACAGGAGCAAAAACAAAAAAGCAAAACACACGGAGUUCCGAGCGUGGAGAAGCGGAAUUUAUUCAUACACAAAUAUAUUGCAAAACAUUUUUCCAGUUUAGUAUGCAUACGUCGAGGCCAUGAUGGCAAUAAUGAUAGCACCCCGGUAGCUCCCACAUAUCCACCCGAAAACCAGAGACCCCCGCCCACCCUAGAAGUCCGCUGUAAAUAUUCCAGAGAUUAUUUUUAUUGUCCUUUUCAACUUUACGUAGCAUAAAUUUACAAUCUCUAGCUUGUAAAUCAUUUAUACAUACUUAAAUGGGUAAGACGGGCGCGGCAGUUGGCUUUUCCUAGGAGUAAGCUCUAAGUAGAUAUCACCCAUAGCCCCAAGAGUUCGGGGACGUUUUUCAAAUUGUAUAGGAAACGAGAGUUGCAAUACCGCAUAGGUUCUUGGGAUUAGUUGUGCGUAUAUACGAUUACAUAUACCUAUUGAUAGAUACUACAAAUUCUAUGCCUAUGAAUAUGAUUAUAUAUAUUUACAAUUGACGACCAAGCAAAAGUAAAACUUUAACUUUAGUAACAAGUCAAACACAGAACACACAAUUGAACGAACCACACACACACAAACUGAACUAAAGUAGAUCGAAGACAUAAGACAUUGGCAAGAUGUUGGGGGUGGUGAUAGGAACUGGUUUUGAGGACCCCAGAAGGGCGCGACACUCUGUUCACCACCCGCAGCAUGGCAAAUAUAAAACAAAAGCUUGUUAGUGAUACUAAUUUUAAAAGGAAAAACCACAAAGCAAAAGAUGAAUGAAAACAAAACAAAGUAUGUUUGAUAAUUCUUAGCGAAUCUUAAAAUGUUUACAUUGUUACUAAAUUUCUGUUAAACGAUGAUUUGUUAUUAAAAUGAAUUCGAUAUCAUCUGUACAUAGGCUACUUGAACACACGAACAAGAUGCUUUAGCUAUCUUUAUAUAACUGAGCGAUAUAGAGUAAGAUAACAACACAUACAGUGCGUUUCAAAGGUAUACUUUAUAAAACAGAUCACAAUUUUAAUAUUCUAAGUUACCAAAAGUUAAGAUUGAAUAUUUAUAUACAUUUUAGAACCUACACUUAGAAAACGUUUAGACAUUUUUAUUUAUUUUUCCUUUACAGAAUACAUAUUUUAUAACCUAUAUUUUAGGAAUAGAAUAUUUAUCUAUUUUGUUCCCUAUAUUGAUAAUUUUAUUUAUGAAACGCACUGUCCAUACGUAUACCAAUUAACACAAAGACAUAGAGACAUUAAACUCAUGCACCUUCGCUUAUGGAAGCUACUAUAUUUUGCAGACGAAACGAAAAAGUUCCACGCAAAUCUAAACCAAAUACGCAGAUACUAUAUCUAUCUAUCUAUCUAUCGUACAGUCACUACCACACGGAAACACUACACACACGCAUAUAAGUACACGCACAUCAAGGCAAGAAGCAUAAUAUCUGAAACAAUUUACCAGUUAGCAUUAACAAUUAAUGGGAAAAACACUGUCUGAGCGAAAACCAACUAGCUAAAGCAAACGACUAAAACCACACUUAAAGUAACAAUAAAAAACCGCAAUCGAAUCGAAUCGAAACACGAGACACGAAAGGCAACGCAGAUGAAAAUUGAAAUGCAAAUAUGCAAAUUUGGCAAAAACAUAGGCUACAUUAGACACCAGAGUAUGUAAAUUGACGAAACGUUCAAUAAAAGAAGCGAGAAAUAUAACAAAAGUAUUAAUACACGUACAAAGAUCCA